AUGGCUAGUGCAGAGGACGCCGUGUAUUGCACGCUUCUGUUGAGUGAUCACUACCUUCCUGGCGCUGUCGUACUGGCCCAUUCUUUACGCGACAAUGGGACGAAAGCCAGACUGGUUGUCCUCUAUACGCCUGAUAGUUUACUACCGGCCACAAUCAGGGAACUCCAGUCCGUAUACGACGAGCUCAUACCCGUCCACUUAACCUCGAACCACACGCCAGCGAAUCUCUGGCUUAUGGAGCGACCGGACCUCAUCUCCACAUUUACCAAGAUCGAGCUUUGGAAGCAAACACAAUUCAAGCGUAUAGUAUACAUCGAUUGUGAUGUUGUGGCUGUCAGAGCUCCCGAUGAGCUCCUGGCCCUAGAGGUAGACUUCGCGGCAGCUCCCGAUGUGGGUUGGCCAGAUAUCUUCAACAGUGGUGUAAUGGUUCUUCGGCCCAAUAUGCAGGAUUAUUAUGCUCUGAAGGCACUUGCUGAGAGGGGCAUUAGUUUUGACGGCGCAGACCAAGGGUUGCUAAACAUGCACUUUCGAAACUGGCAUAGGCUAAGUUUCACGUAUAAUUGCACGCCCAGCGCAAACUACCAGUACAUUCCCGCCUACAAACACUUCCAGAGUACAAUCAAUCUAGUCCAUUUCAUUGGAGCUCAGAAGCCGUGGAACAUGUCAAGGCAGGUAUCCCCAGCUGAAUCACCAUACAACCAAUUGUUGGGGCGAUGGUGGUCUAUUUACGAUAGACAUUACCGUCCUGCCACGACGGUACCAAUAAAUGAGUGGGUUGAUGCGUCUGUCCCUCUAGAGCGUAACUUUCAAAGCCAUAGAGAAGAUUCUGAAACAGUGCCGCUGCCUGUGCAACCCGUCUCCUCCACUCCACAAAAUCUGAUACCAGAAGUUGCUUAUGAGCGACCGUUGGAAACACACACAGAGGUAUCAUUCGAGCAACCCCCUGUCACGCAAGCGCUGCCCAGGAGUGACGAGACAAGUGCAUAUGCAUCCCCUGAGGCGCAGCCUUGCCAGGAGAGGGAAAAUGCACCUGGUCCCGUAGUGACACCUGCUGAGGCAGAGCGACCUAUCCAGAAGGAACACCACGAUAACAAAAGUGUCCAAGUACCGGUUCUGAGUGUCGUUCCACAAUAUGUCCGUGGAGAAGAACAUGUUUCAGCGUACAUACAGCCGCAUUAUGAAGCACCGAUUAGCUCCCAUGUCGAGCAACCUCCAGGGACGCAAGUCAGCAUACUAGUCACUUCUUCAGCUCCUCCAGAUACCGCAAAAUCUCAAGUUUACCAGCAAUCAGAGGAACAUCUGCCUGAAGCGGGUGAACACUUGCAACACUCGCAUAAACCUCCCCCAAGUCCUGAGCCCCAGGAAUUUGAACCGCCCAGGACGCAGUGGGACCCAGCUCGGGAACCGCCACCUCUCAAUACAAAACCCGAAGGAAUUGCUCUAGAAUCAAAGACAUACACUAUGUCAGAGGACAAAGAGCUUUUCAAGCCCCCUCCAUUUUACCCCGAAGCCCCGAAGAAUAUGUACUAUGAAGUACCUAGCACCAAACCGGAACCAGAGAAACUUAGCCAGAUUUUCCCUUGGGAGAACCAGGCCCCCAAGCCGACCCGAGUUUUCCUGGAUGACGAUCAGGGCUCGGUUUCUUUACCUAGCUCCUUGCUCUCUCCAAUCACCCCAAAAGAAACUCCCACGUUAUCCCUGGGAUACACGACAUCCUGGCCGACCGAGAAACCAUCCGAGUCAUGGGACAGCUACACCAGGUCAAAUGCAUGGGAUGAUGUUCCAGAGAUACAGAGAUACAUUCAAUCCAUCGCACCACCUAGGAGGGCCAAAGUCCAGGUUAUCGGUGGUUGGGAUGGCCCUGCGAACCGGCGAACUGCUGGCACAGUUUCCGGGAUGCGUUUGACGGACUUCCCUAGCGAACAAGAGCGGCCCAGUCUCCCCGUAACUCCAGCCCCUAUUAGGAGAACCCCGCCUUCUUCUUAUGUCCCAGGUGAUGAGUCUACCUCGGGGCAGUUACCCAUUGCCGAGGGCGUGCCAAGCCAGGAAGAAUGGGUGGGUGUCACGGUUGAUGUGUUUUUGCAUCUCCUGCGAGUGACAUACUUAUAUUGGUGCUUCACAGAACCCGUCAGCACGCCUCGAGGAACUUCAGCGGCAUCAUUCUGA